GGAAGCAAAUACGUUUGUUUACAAAGAGAUUAGAAAGCUUGUUUGCAAAAGAUGAUGACACAAAAUCAAAAAAUAUGUCAUCAUCUUAGACGCAGAGAUCAUUGAAUUGAAUCUAACCUUUACGUUGGCAGUAAAUGAGAAUACCUCUUCAGGUCUGUGCUCAUGUUCAAUAACACGUAAGGAGAAGCCUAAGUAUGUUAUCCACAGACAGCGACAAAGUGCAGCAGAAAGUUCUCCAGUGAAGCUGGUUUCGCCAGAUUGGCAUUUUUCCACUUGGCAAGAACAUACAAAUAAACAAACAGAAGCUGAAAUGCUUCAAUUUCUUGACCAUAGCUACGGGACAAGAGCGCCAUCAGGUGUUUGGUGGAGAAUAUAAUUUCACGUACCACUGGGUGACCUUGAGAGGACACAGAGGGUUGCAAUGUACAGUCUUAGGUUAGUUAAGAGAAACUGACAAGCGUGCUGGCCACACCAUUUGAAAGUGGGCCUGACCACUAGUCUGUUUAACCAUGUCCUGAUUGUGUAGGCUGUUUCAAUAUGGGUAUAUGGGUUUGACUACAUUUGUUUAACACAUUUGUUUUGCAGAUAACUAGACUAGAUUUUAACUGGACCGACUGUCACCAGCAAGCUACAUUACUGGUGGUGCAGUGCAAUUCUUAGGCUAUUCAAGUUUAAGCACUGUCCAGCAAUAUCACACUCAGCUCUUUAGGUCUGAAUUAAUUCAUUUUCAUAGACUUUAUUUUGCAAUUUGCAAUUUUGUAUUUCAUCUCCAGCCUUUAGAGUAACAUGGAAGGAGCAUCAUCAUCAAUAGAGCUGAAUGUAAAUUAGACUAAUAUCUCAGGAGCUCAGUUCAACAUUUUCCAAACUAAUAUUAGAUUAAUUACUUUAUUUUUACUCAAGAUUAUUAAUAGGUGUUACAUCUAAUUACAUAAAAUACCUCAAAAGUUAUUAGACUGCUUUAUGCAUUAGACAUUUUAGCCUGGUAAAAGUAUGUCACUUACUUUAAGACCUGUUGAAAGAACAACAUGCUGUAUUUCAACAAAUUAACUUGUUUUUUUUAAUAGUCAUUUUUAUGUAUUUACCUUUUUACAGAGCUCAAGACUUCAAACUAAGAUUUGAGAAAAGUCAGCCAACUCCCUUGUGGGAAAUGAAUAGUUCUAGAGAGCGUGGCAUUUCUGAAACUCGACACUGAUUGGUCAGGCGAACUAUGAUGCAGGGGCUCAGCCCAUUCAGUUCUGGCUGAGAGAAGUGUUUUGGGAUUUUUAUAGCCUUAAGUUCCUUCAGACGUCCACAUUCACACCCACAGGCGCACACAACACUCCCUAGGUUCUGCUCGUCUGGUCAGCAUGGGUUAUCCAGUGGUGAUUCUGCUCUGUUUGGGACUUUUGCACCAAACUGCGAGGGCCGUCCUCAUGGAUAAACUAGCAGACAUCAAGAUUUGUGGAGAUGCAGAAUGCUCAUAUGUUCUGUCCAUGGCCACCGCCUUGGAUGACUUCAUUGCUCCUGACUGCAGAUUCAUCAACAUCAAGAAGGGGCAGAUGGUUUAUGUGUAUUCUAAACUGGUACCAGACGAGGGCGCUGGAGUCUUCUGGUCUGGAAGUGUUUACAGUGAGCGGUAUGUGGACCAGAUGGGCAUUAUUGGAUACUUUCCUGCAACUGUGGUGAAGGAGACACACAAGUUUGUGGAAGACACAGUUAAGGUUCCCACAUCUAAAAUGGACUUCUACUGUGAUUAAGGCAUGACAGACUGAAGCCUCUCUCUUCUCAAGCAUUGAUUCUAGCUACUCUGGCUGUCAUCAAUGAAAGUAGACAGUUUUUCUCUCUGGCCAGUGUGUCCAACUAUAUGUCACAACCCUAUGGUGCUGGGAAUGAAAACCUGGACACUCUCAGUCCUCCAGCCCACAGUCUGACACUCCCUGCUGUUGGGUCAGCUUGUCCUUUCUGUCUUGCUUUAUCUUAACAACACACUUUGCUCAAUAAACCAUUUUCAUGUGACUCCAGAAUGUUGAUUAUUUGAUCAGAUAAUAAUUAGUUCUUUGACACUUCGGGACUGGUGAUUGCAAUUUUGUUGUACAUUUCUGCUGACACAAGGAACAGCUGUGAAGCUCUUCUCCCGUUGUAAUUAUAUUAUCACUUUAAAUUUAUUAUGCUGAUGUAGCCUUUUUAUUGCAGUGUCAAGGUUUCUUGACACUGUUACCAUUUUCGAUUACACAGAAAACUACCUACGUCUCCCCCUUUUAAGAAGAAAUGUAGUAUUUAAGAUAAAAAAUUGCAUAUAAUAAAAGACAUAUUUGCAUUUUCAUCACCUACUAUACUCAAUAAUCAUGUUAGCAAAGGCUAUUUUUAGUGAACACGUUAUCAGUUUUUGUGUUUUUGUAACCACUUAAUGUGCCCCAAUCUCCUCUCUUACGCACUCAACAAACCAUUGUGAACUAACUCUGGUGAAUGUAAUGAGGGGCAUUAGUACAGGUGGGAUGCUGAAUUAUGGUGACAUACAGUGCAGUAGCAAUGAGAUGGAUCUAAGACUGAUAAAUUAGGUAACUCCGUCUACAGCAGCACUGGAAAACACUCGGAAAUAAGAAACUGAGAGGUGAAAGUCAUGCAGCUAUUCUUUUUUAUCUGGGAGGAGGGUUGAAGAGACCCAGACUUAAUCAUUGCUUCUCUUAGUUUACUGGCAUAUUAUUGAGCAUUCCUUAAACGUGCCUCAAACUUAAAUCACAGCAAUCUACAAAACAAAUAAAGGUGGAUCAUAUUUGCAUGACAAUUACUAGCUACCUGUCUGCACCCUACUGUACUGUAGUUUGUUUACAGCUAAUGACAGCUGUUCCAUGAUGAUGUACUCUGUGUUUGACCAUACAGUGACAAUAAUUGAGCAACUUGUUUUAGACUGAUGCAUCUGCAUUGUUUGCUAAAAGCUCUGUUAGAUGUCUCAUGUUGCUUAGAAAUAUGUCAAAGUGCCCCAUGCCAGACCUCCUU